AUGAAGUUAUUAGCUAAUAACUACUGGGGCGCCGAUGAAAACACCCUCCUGACAAUAUACAGAACACUCAUACGAUCAAAACUAGACUACGGUUCCAUAGUAUACUCAACAGCUAGCAAGACCUUAUUGGCUAAACUGGAUGUCAUACAAAACACAGCCAUUAGAUUAGCGACAGGUGCAUAUAUAACAAGCCCCUCGGAAAGUUUGUGCAGAGAAGCGGGUGAAUUACCCCUUAAAUUCAGAAGACUCAUGCUACAGUCAACAUAUGCCGCUCGAAUAUCAGCUGAUACAAAUAACCCUACCCGACAUCAACUCUACAGGCCAAGGUACAGUGAAACCUAUACAAAUCAACCAAACUUGAGACAACCACUUUACCACUUACUCAACCAUAAUCUUCUGGAGACCAAUUUCCCAAAGAGCCUUCCUUACAGGAACACAAGAUCCCCACCCUGGACAAUGAAUAGUCCAGUUAUUGAUACUUCCUUGAAAGCUUUCAAUAAGGAUGAAACACAUUGUGAUAUCAUAAGGAACCACUUCAAAGAUCGAAUAUCCCACUACAAGAAGGAAGAAAUUAUUUUCACAGAUGCAUCGAAGUCUGCCAGAGGAACAGGAUGUGCGUUCCUCACAGCGAGCUCAGAAAAAAGGUUCAAACUCCCUAAAGAUUGUAGCAUAUUCACAGCUGAAUUAUUUGCAAUUAAAAAAGCUUUAGAGUGUAUAGCAGAACUGGGAACAUCUCAUCCCAUUAUAAUUACAGACUCUCACAGUUCACUGCAUGCCAUCCAAAGGACCUAUAAAGACAAUACGAUUGUAAAUGACAUUACAGACCUCAUCUGUUCCAUCCAAGAUAAUAAUAAAUCAUUGACAUUGAUGUGGAUUCCUUCCCACUGCGGAAUUGACGGUAACGAGAUGGUGGAUGCAGCAGCAAAGGAAGCUAUUAUAGAUGGUCACUAUACAGAAGUACUGACUAACUACGAUCUAAGUAACCUCUGCAAAAAUAAAGUUAAAGACAAGUGGAAAUCAGUCUGGCAAUCGAAAAGCUCAAAGCUUGCACUGAUAGAUCCCACAAUUCACACAAAGCCACCAAUUACUCAACUACGUCAAGACCUGGUAGUACUCAGAAGACUCAGAAUUGGCCAUACAAGAGAAACACACCAAUAUUUGCUCAGACAAGAAUCUCCUCCAUGGUGCCAAAGUUGCAAUUCACAACUCACCACGCGUCAUAUGAUCAUAGAAUGCCAACUAUUUGAUGCUCAUAGAAAACUGCACAAUGUCAGCACCAAAGUGGAAGAAGCCCUCAACAUCAACUCGCCAGCAUGCCUGAACACAAUUUCUUUCAUUAAGGACACCAAAUUUAUAAUCUAA